AGAGCGGGCCGGCCCAGGCGCCGGGACAGCGCGGAAGCGGCGGGACCCAUGCCGGCGGCCAACAUGAUGGAGAGCCUGCAGCCGCCCGCCCUGCAGGUGCCCGAGCCACGGGGCGCGCCCGAGGGCAGCCCGAUCUGGUCCAGCUCGUCGACCCCCACGCUCCGCCGCCGGCGCUUCAAGAUGCGCCGCAUGAAGAACGUGCAGGAGUCGAGCCUGGAGGCCGGGCUGAGCCGGGACCUGCCCGGCGUCUUGGCCCCCGGCAAGGAGUUCCUGCAGCUACCGUCCAUCGAGAUCACACCCUCCAGCGACGAGGACACCCCGUGGUCCAACUGCUCCACGCCCAGCGCUUCCCCACGCCGAAAACGCUUCCUCCUCCGCAAGUGGCUGCGGGUGAGGGAGCGGAAGGAGUGCAGCGAAAGCAGCAGCCAGCAGAGCAGCCAGCAGAGCAGCCACGAUGAUGACUCAAGCAGGUUCCUGAGUCCUCGGGUGCGGGAAGAAAGCACUGCCAGUAACUCCAACCGCAGCACGCCGGCCUGCUCCCCCAUCCUCCGGAAGCGGUCUCGCUCACCCACCCCGCAGAACGUGGACGGAGACACAAUGGUGGAGAAGGGCUCAGAUCACUCGUCGGACAAGUCCCCGUCCACACCGGAGCAGGGUGUGCAGCGCAGCUGCUCCUCACAGUCCGGCCGCAGUGGUGGCAAAAAUUCCAAGUCUCACAAGCGCCUCUCAAAAAAAAGCCAGAGUUGGUAUAAUGUGUUAAGCCCCACUUACAAGCAGAGAAAUGAAGACUUCAGAAAGCUCUUCAAGCAACUUCCAGACUCGGAGCGCCUCAUCGUUGAUUACUCGUGUGCACUCCAAAGAGACAUUCUUCUUCAGGGCCGACUCUACCUCUCUGAGAACUGGAUCUGCUUCUACAGUAACAUUUUCCGCUGGGAAACCCUGCUGACCGUUCGUUUGAAAGACAUCUGCUCCAUGACUAAAGAAAAAACAGCUCGCCUCAUUCCCAAUGCCAUCCAAGUUUGCACUGACUCUGAAAAGCACUUUUUCACUUCCUUUGGGGCCCGGGAUAGGACGUACAUGAUGAUGUUCCGGCUGUGGCAGAAUGCUCUCCUUGAGAAGCCCCUGUGCCCCAAGGAGCUCUGGCACUUCGUUCACCAGUGCUACGGGAACGAGCUGGGCCUGACCAGUGACGACGAGGACUACGUGCCCCCCGACGACGACUUCAACACAAUGGGCUACUGUGAGGAGAUCCCCGUAGAAGAGAAUGAAGUGAAUGACAGCUCAUCCAAAAGCAGCAUAGAGACCAAGCCGGACGCCAGCCCACAGCUGCCCAAGAAAUCCAUCACCAACAGCACACUGACGUCCACGGGGAGCAGCGAAGCGCCCGUCUCGUUUGACGGGCUGCCCCUGGAGGAGGAGGUGCUGGAGGGCGACGGGUCCCUGGAGAAGGAGCUCGCCAUCGACAGCAUCAUUGGGGAGAAGAUCGAGAUCAUCGCGCCCGUGACCUCCCCGUCGUUGGACUUCAAUGACAACGAGGACAUCCCCACCGAGCUCAGUGACUCUUCCGACACCCACGAUGAAGGGGAGGUCCAGGCCUUCUACGAGGACCUGAGUGGCCGGCAGUACGUGAACGAAGUCUUCAACUUCAGCGUGGACAAGCUCUAUGACCUCCUGUUCACUGACUCGCCCUUCCAGCGGGACUUCAUGGAGCAGCGGCGAUUCUCAGGUCCGUCCCUCCUGGGGCUGAUGCCUCCCCCAUCCACGCUUCUUCCCUCUCUUCCCAAGCACCCUCCUUUUCCAGGCCAUCUGAUGGCCCAGGGCACCCCCCUUCUGGCCGCAUGCAGUGCCGGAGCUCCCCAGGGCCCUGCCAGCUUCUCCCCCCAUCCCCCCGAAACUGCAGCUGUCCACUCGACUGGGCCCCAGGCUCUGGACCCCAAAGGCUCACUGAUGAACGGGAUGCCACAGGCUCAUGGUCUAGUGGAGAACAGCAGGUACCACAUCCUUGUAGGCACCCACUGUGUAUCGAGCACAUUACACCAUCCCCUUACCAACCCUCUGGCUCCCAAAACUGCCACCGUCAGGGAGACACAGACCAUGUACAAGGCGAGCCAGGAGAGUGAAUGCUACGUGAUCGACGCCGAAGUCCUCACCCACGACGUGCCCUACCACGACUACUUCUACACCAUCAACCGCUACACACUCACCCGCGUGGCCCGGAACAAGAGUCGACUCAGGGUCUCCACAGAGCUGCGCUAUCGGAAACAGCCCUGGGGGCUGGUGAAAACGUUCAUCGAGAAGAACUUCUGGAGCGGGCUGGAGGACUACUUCCGCCACCUGGAGAGUGAGCUGACCAAAACGGAGAGCACCUACCUGGCUGAGAUGCACAGACAGUCUCCCAAGGAGAAGGCCAGCAAGCCCCCGACGGUGCGGAGGAGGAAGCGCCCCCACGCCCACCUGCGGGUGCCUCACCUGGAGGAGGUGAUGAGCCCGGUCACCACGCCCACUGAUGAAGACGUGGGCCACAGGAUCAAACACGUGGCAGGUUCCACGCAGACACGGCAUAUCCCCGAGGACACCCCCAACGGUUUCCACCUGCAGAGCGUGUCCAAGCUGCUGCUGGUUAUCAGCUGUGUGAUCUGUUGCAGUCUGGUGCUGCUGGUCAUCCUUAACGUGAUGCUCUUCUACAAACUCUGGAUGCUGGAAUACACCACCCAGACUCUCACUGCCUGGCAGGGUCUGAGGCUCCAAGAAAGGUUACCCCAGUCUCAGACAGAAUGGGCCCGGCUCUUAGAGUCCCAGCAAAAGUACCACGACACUGAGCUCCAGAAAUGGAGGGAGAUCAUCAAAUCCUCGGUGAUGCUUCUCGACCAGAUGAAGGACUCACUCAUCAACCUGCAGAACGGCAUCAGGUCCCGUGACUUCACGUCGGAAGGUGAAGAGAAGAGGAACCGCUAUCACUGACAAGGCAGGAGCAGGGGCGGCCGCCGGAGGCCUGUGCAAUAUGUGUACAUAGACCAUAUAAAUAUAUAUAUAAAUAUAUAUAUACAGAAUAUAAAUAUAUAUUAUAUACAGAUUUUAAAAAGAGAUAAUGCCUAUGUACCAGGGAGAAGGAGCGGGACCGCCUCUUGUGCUGGCUGGUGGAGGGGCCGAGGAGGGCAGGGACCACCUCUCAGCACCGACCUCCCCUGAUCCUCCUCCCCCUCCCCUCCCCAUCCUGUCGUCCCCGCCCUUUCCCUUGCUGGCCAUUCUUGGCUCUGAGAAGGGGAAUGUUGUUGAGCCAAAGUUAUGCCUGUGAAGACCCUGGGGUCGUGCAAAGUCUCAAGGGGGCAUUGCUUAAGGUGCUUCAUUCCCUAAUCCCCUUCUGAUUUGUUUCCAAAAUAAAAGAUAAUUUUUUUCUUCCCUGCCCCGCGCUUCCCCAGGCGUUCUCUCAGGAACAAGGAAGCAUCAAGGGCAGGGGCCCCAUCUAAACUCCAGCGUCUGAGGCCACCCGUUUACUCGGCCCCCACACCAGGAGCCAGGUGCAGAGGGAGGGGCAGCGGGGAGGCUGCGCCCGAGGGAGUGGGCUUUGUAGCCGCAGCGCCUGAGGGCUGGUGUUCCAGAGGGUGUCCUCCUCCAUCGCCCUGCACCUUCCUCUCACCUGGGUGGGUGUGCACCCAAUAAGGGCUGGGGAUUUGUUACUUUCCCACCCCCCUCCUCUCUGGUCUUUUCCCAGGCUGGGUCUGGGUGAAAUGUCACUUUUUAGUGCCUAAAGCCCUAUUUUUGCUCUGUGCCCUAAGAGCACAUUGUUUAUUAGUCAGGGUGGAGCAUUUUUGAUCUUGUUAAAUCUCUUUUAGUGAUUAUAAGCAAAUCAGGUCUGUGGCUCUAACCCCUUUCCUUUGAGCUGUCAUUUGAUUUCCAGGAUGAAUCAGGGUGUUCUAGGACCUCCAGGGUUUCACAGAGUGAAUGCGCUAGCCGUGGACGGAUGGUAGGGUCUGACCACAGAACGCUGUGUGAGGAGUGAGCACUCUAUCCAAGCAUUCUUGGGCUGCCAGCAUCAUUUAGCCUCAGUGAGGAACCAACUUAGUCGAGGGAGACAACUGUCUGAGCUAUUUUGCCCACGUUAAGAAGACCUCAGCCUUAGAGGGAGUGGAUUUGGCAAAGGUAUGUGCAUUUGGGCAGGAAAAAGCCAGAUCGAGUCUGCCCCAUGGGGACCAUUCCAAAUCCGGUUUCCCAGAGCUGGGAGUGGAAGUUCUGGCAGAGAGAGCAAAGCCUUCUCUGAUCUCUGGCCCCAGAGACGUAUGAAGUCAUGGAGGAGUAGAGAGAAGACCAUGGGUUAGGAGAGGGAGUCAUCUAGAGCCUUUUCGGGGUUGGCUCACUGAACCCAUAAUUUGUCUGACCUGAUGGGGCCCUUCUGAGCAUGCUUCUGGGUACCCUUCACACACUACGAUUUCUCCAUGUAAUGACCUGAGCAGUCCCGCCAGCCCCAGGCAGAGCGUGCAGCAGAUUCUUGAUCUGGAAAAGAUCCUACCAAUUUGGCAAGGAGAGCGCUUCCAGAGUGCUUGUCCUGGUGGGCCUCUUGGUGCAAGGGGCGGAGGAAAGGAAGAUUUUAUCACUCACCUAGCCUGAAGAAGAGCACAUAGUGUUCUCCCGGACAGGCUGGGGCGCCCCCCUCUGGCAGUUAAGGAAAGGUUUUAGCUUUUCAGUCUAUCUGAGAAGAUGGCCUUGUUACUGCCCUUUGGGCAGGGUGAGAAGACGAAAGAUACGGGCCCAGGUCAUCCCCCAAGGGGAGCUGGAUGAGAAGGUUCCAUGGGCAUCACCUAGAAAUGAUAUCCCUCCCUUUGAAAAGGAGGUAUGAGGGAACGGAGCUGAGUGUAAUCCUGGUGAAGGGCACUUAUCUCCAUCAUUCCUGUCCUGGAGGCUGAAUGGGAGACCCUGGGGAGGCUCAAGGCUCAUGGGCCUGAGCCAAAGGAAGAGGAAUAGUGCAGGCUGCUAAGAAUUUACCCAUUGGAGUACCCAGAAAUCAAAAUUAUUCUCAGAAACUAUUGAAAGGAAAAAUGGUAAAUUCUGUAAUUUACUCCAUACGUAUUAUUUAUUUAUUUAAAUUAUUCAGGUAUUAAAGGUCCCACAGUCGGACCUUUGGGAUGACUUAAAAAGGGCUCUUUGCUGGGAGUAAAGUGGUUUAAGUGGGCCUUGCCUCAGGGAGCUGCUCUGCUCUGGCUUCACCUCCCUCUCAGGCCCGUUCGAGGGAGGAGUGGGUGACGGGAAGGAUGUCCAAGGAAGCCCCUUGAGAUCUGGGGGUUUGAACCCAGGAGACAUUGUGUACACACGGGGAGCAUCCCACCUCAUUUCUAAGAACCAUGGAUCUUUUGUGGGCGCCUUCUAUUCUAAUAACUUUCUGACUUUCAAACCAGGGGAAAACCAGUAACUCUAUUCACUCCCCCCCCCAAAAAAGCUUUUCCCCCUUAUUUAAUAACCUGUGAAAGAGGAGGGACCUCCCCCUUGUGGAUCAGUUUGGGAGUGAAACACGUAAAUAACAUUGUUACUCAUGGCAGCCUGGCUUGUAACUAUCUGCAAGGGAGCAUUAAAACCAUCAUUUCUUACAUUAUUUCUCCCAGCCAGGGCUUUUUUGGUUUUGUUCAUGUAAGAAUUCAGUCAUGUAAGAGUCUUUCUGCGAGGAUUCGUGUGGUAAGACAUUUGAGAGCUUGCACUCAGUUUCAAAGCUUCUGCAGUUUCUAGACAGGUACAGGACAGCUACAGGUCUACACUUCACUCCAGCUGACUGUGGAGGAAUCAACAGGGCUGUCCUGCGAGAAGCCAGUCGUGACUGUAACACCCUCCUUUCCCCCAUCCACCUCCCUGGGGCAAGGGGAUGCAUUCUGAGACAGCAAGAGCAGCAACUUGAAGCCCCCGUAAGGGCGCUGGGCUGAGAGCCGGGAGACCUGGGCCUGAGUCCUGCCCCUGCUGUUGGACAAGUCACUCCCCGUCUCUGAGCUUCAGGGUUUUAUUUGCAACAGGAAGCUCUUGAGCUAGACUGUCUCCAAGGUGGGGUCUAGCUUUGGCAUUGUCCUGGAGGCUAGGUCAGAGACUGGCAAGGCUGGGCUUUCUCAAACUUGGCAGGUGCCUGCCAGGAGAGGGUGAGCCUUCUGGACUAGCGUUUCCCUGGCAUUAAAUGAGGGGUAGGGCAGCGUCUGGGUUCCCAGGAAAUCCAGGGUAUUUAAACUUUACUCUUUAUGGACUAGGAGGGGUAGGGAGGUCCAGUGAAGGGGGUGGGGAGGGAGAGGCAGAAACAGAGAUCAAACUUGCUGUAUUGCUCGGCAUCAGUGCAGGAGGCUAUUCCUUCCUUUGUUGGCCUAGUCUUAGUUUGGGAAGGGUCCUUCCUUUGGGCCUUCUCCAGGCUCGGAAGAAGAGGAUGGUGGCAAGAAGGACACCAUCUUGCGUUGAGCUCGUCUUCCGUCCUUAAGCUGUGAAGCCUUUCAUCUCUCCAUCCUUCCUCCUCCUCGCCAGGGCAAAGGGCAGAGAGGAGCCAUUCCUGGCUCUAGCACUUCUCUUUGGGCUCCAGCCUUGUUGGGGUUUGAAUUAAGUGUGAAGCUUUGGCUACAAUCCUUGGGUUGCCUCAGAGCGUUGACACUAAGAACCUGGGAUUACAAGGAAGGGGGAGGACCAAAAAAACCUCAAGAGCAAUGCUUUGAUAGAGCUGGAUUCUCUCCAUGACCGUGUCUCUGACCCAAGUUUGGACCGUGUCCGAUACAUUUGCAGGCAGCGUCUCUCGGGUGACAUCUUGGAGGAAGGAUUAGGGGAAGAGUCUUCCUGGACUGUCUGUGGUCUCAGAAGGGUCCUUUCCGCGACGUAUCCUGCUGCACAUUUAGCUCCACAGGGCAGCCCAGGGCAACCCUUCCUCCCUAGGGGCUCCCAGGAGAGAUAGCACUCUUUUCUUCCCCCGGGUGGUAGGGCUGUGGUCUCCUUCCCCGCACCCGCUGACUCCACCUGCCCUCUUCGGCAGGAAACGUGAGAACCUCUCUUCCUGACUGUCUUCUCUCAACCUUUGUCUCUAGGCUGUGGGACAAUCAUCCAUCCAUCACUGGACAUCCUUGACCCUCAUCCCCCAGCCUCCAGCAGGCUGGCCCCACUCCCCUCCACCUUUAUGUUUUCUUCCAGAAGAUGCAUUUUUGGGUCCGAGAGGAGCGUUUUUCUGGAAGGCCAUCUUUUAAUGCCCCUGCUUUCCUGUUGUGGAGCAGAAAUUUGCACACGGUGUAGAGAGCUUCCCUCCCCGCCUCUCUGCCCAGCCUUGUUACCUCACUCCUGCUCCGGCCGUGGCUGUGACGGGCCCAGCCAGCUCCCUGCUUUGGUGUUCUGCGCGAAGCUCAGGGGUCUUGGGCAUUGUUUUCUGUUGUGACUUGAGGUCCUCAGCAGGCCUGGGAGCCCAGAUUGGAGCCUUGGCUGCUGGCGAGAAGCACCUUGCCUGCCAAGAGGAACUGAUGCCAGACAAUGUACCUGGCAUCUGAAGGCGUGAAGAACUGUCAUCUCUGCCCUCCUUGCUUCUCUCAACACGAUGAGAUACUGCAGAAGCAAAAUGGUGGCCUCUGCUCCAGGCAAGACAGCUGGCUCUGCCUGGGGAGUUGGCCCUGGGCUCGGGUGCCACGCCCUGAGAUUGCAUAGUAAGAGCAACCAUUUUUGCCAACAGUAGUGCGUGGCUCCCCACAUUUCUCUCUCCUGCACUGUAGGGCCAGACCACUCUCUGCAUGGACCAGACCUUCUUCCCAAACCCAUGGUGCUUUCCCCCCAAUUCAACCUAGACUCCAAAGUGGGGAGGGAUGGGUCAGAGGCCAUCACGGCUCCUGGAUAAUCCUGACAUGGGGUGGAGUGGGGUGAGGCAGAGGGAGCAGCCCCCAACACUGCACUGGGCCAUAUAUGGGGAAGAACACAGGUUGAUUGCAGUAGAGUUGUCUGGCCAUCUGUGUUUGAAUCUAUAACUGUACUUUGCCUGGCGCUGUGCGCAAGGUCUGAAAACUUACUGCUAGUACCUAGAAACAUACAAGGCUUCCCGGUCAAAUCUUCAUGUAAAGUAGCUAGAGCCAUGGAAAUACAGUAUGAAUUAAAAGAAAAAAGUAUUGAACUACAAA